CCAUUACAUUUGUUCAGUGGUAUUGAGUAGGGUGUCAAGGUUAGUUCAGCGGUGAAUCGCGAAGGUGUUGAGUAGUCUGGCUCUCAAAUCUGGUACCUGGAGUUUUGCAAUGGGUGCUCUGCAAGCUGAUCCAUGAGGACAGUCACUUUGAGGGAUUCUCGUCCUUUUUUUUGAAAUGCCGAAUAGCUUGUGGUCAUUUGCAAUCAGUGAUGUGUCUCAGAAUGAUUGUUGACCUUUUUUUCCUUCUUCAUAGCAACAGUAGCAUUCCAGCUGAGAGGCUAAGAUUAUUAGCGUAAAUAUUUUGCUCGAUUCAGUUAAUGUUGCUAUGCCUACGUUAUACAUUUAUUAUUUAUUUUGUAAUCAGCAGUUCGACCUUGUGAAUGUGAAUUCUACCUGGAGAAUGGUUUCGAUGCAGUCAUUUUUGGGUUCAAACUCAAUUUUCUGAAGUUUCCGACUCUUGCAUGUUUCAUGCAGGAAUGCGGUCAUUGCAUUCAGCUGGAAUUGGGGUGGUGUUCCCAACCCAAGUGCUGAAGUGGCAAUCAUCAAUUGUUUGACUCAGUAAGGUGUCUUCUCACAACGCGAUAUCUGACUUGAUGCACCAAACACAAGAUCGACCUUGAAUUGUGCGCCUCGAGUAUCGAUCAGAGAUUUUGAUUUCAUGGGUUCUAAGAAUUCAACCGUGGAGCAUCAUAACAUGGGGAUACUCCAUAAUAGUGGAAUUCCAAGACUGGAAUUUCUGACCCUUAUCAGUUGUCUGGCCGGAACUCAAGAAUGCAGGGGCUUUUUUCAUCUCCCGAAUGUGAUUUGUUGUAUGGACUCCAUCAUAGGGUCGGAGAUAGCAGGAGCGAAUCCCCAAUAAUUUGGGGUAUUUCUGCAGGAUUAAAAGGAUAGAAUGGGAAUUAGGUUUGAUUGAUGUGGCGCUUAGGUUGACGUAAAUAUAUGUAUAUAUCUACGAGUUCUCGAGGUAAACAGCAACCGUUAAGAAAUUGUUGAAUGCCUACUCUCUUAAGAUAUGGGGAUGAGCGAGGAGCAGAAACGACGUAUGGAAGCUAAUCGAUGUGCAGCAUUGACUAGAAGGAACUGCAAGUUACAAUGUCCUGUUGCUGUUGAGUCUUCAACCAGUGUGCAUCUACCAUUGCAGCAAUUGCCUCUAAGUCCCCAUUUAGAUGUUAAUGCCAAGAACCGAAUUGUACUUAUGGAUUCUCGACCUCAUCAUCAUCAAGAAAUUCCGCCCUUUAAUAUGAAGGUAGAGAGUCGCAAACUCUCUGACCUAAGUGGCUCGGUGAACGAUCUUUCAAAUCUUCACGUUGUGAAAUACAGCGUGGGGCCGAGUGUUCCUAAUGCCGUAGAUAAUCUGCAGCACCUAAAUGGCUGUGGCAUUUCAGGCCAGUCAGGCGCGAAGAUGAAAGUUGCUCUUGAAAUUAGUGCUCCAGACAGGUUUUUCCUGAUGGUGAAAAGCGGCUUUGCUGAUCAAGGAUUUUUGGAGUCUAUAUCAUCUGUAGUAAGCUGUGAGAAUUUGGAACCUUCAGCAAAGUGGCCCGUGUACAAACUGAAAGAUUACGAUAAGGUGACAGAAGCAUUGAAGGGGUUGUCAAAUGUAGAAUACGACCAAAUACCGUGGUCUACACGCAUGGUGUUGGAGAAGUUUCCAAGGGCAGCAGAAAGUGGUGUCCUAGGCGUACCCAACCAUAUCACUGAUUCUGAGGUGGAGCAACUGCUUCUUAAGUUACCUCCAAAUUUAUCAAAAACAUUACUUCCUUUUCAGAAGGAAGGUGUGAAGUUCGGGUUGCAAAGAGGGGGACGUUGCCUCUUUGCUGAUGAAAUGGGCGUGGGUAAGACGAUUCAGGCAAUCGCAAUGGCAUCAUGUUACAAGGAAGAGGGCUCCCUGUUGGUGAUAUGUCCAGCGAGCUUGCGGCUGGUGUGGGCCGACGAGCUGGAGCGGUGGCUUCCGUAUCUAUCUCCUGUGGAUGUCCAUCUUGUUUUUGGUCGAAAGAACAACCUGACAGAGAACAUGGAACUGCCAAAGGUUGUCGUAACAUCUUUCAACAUGCUGACGCGGCUUCGAGAAAGCAUGCUGUCGCGUAAAUGGGGCAUGGUUAUAGUAGAUGAAGCUCACAAUAUUCGAUGUACGAGUAGGAAGGUGGAGUGUGACGAGACAAUGGCAGUGCUCGAGGUAGUUCAGUACGUGAAGAGGGUUGUGCUUCUCACUGGUACACCGUCACUGUCAAGGCCAUUCGACAUCUUCAAUCAAAUUAAUUGCUUGUGGCCCAAUUUACUUGGCAAAAACAAGUACGAAUUUGCUCGGAAUUACUGCGAUCGUCAGUGGAGUCCUUGUGGUCAUAGUAAUUUCAAGGAUUAUUCGAGGGGGUCAAGACUUACGGAGCUUAAUGUUUUACUGAAGCAGACAGUCAUGAUCAGAAGGUUGAAGGAGGAUGUUAUGAUGCAACUGCCUCCUAAACGACGUCAACUCAUUUGCCUACAACUUGCUCCUAGUGAUGUGAAAGAAGCAAAAGCUUUUACAGCUGCAAAUGCGAGGGAAAGAAUUUCAGUUCAAUUGGGCGAGGAGGCUUGUAAGUGUGGGUUCACUCGGAAGGGAUUUUGUGACUGUGAAGACGAGAAUGAAGAUGAGAGCCAUGCUGACAGUGAAGAGGGAGAGAAUCCACUGGCCAGCAAGACCUCUGCAAGGAGCCUCACAGAGCAGGAGGUUGGAGUGGCGAAGCUUCGAGGAUUUCAGGAAUGGUUGCUCAAUAACUCCAUUUUCGCUGACCGAGAAUCACAAGACGAAGCCACUCGAGAGAAGAUAAUAAUAUUUGCGCAUCAUUUGAAGGUCUUGGAUACUAUCCAGACUUUCGUACAAAGCAAAGGUGUAGAGUAUGUCCGCAUCGAUGGAUCUACUCUACCACAAGAUCGCUUGAAAAACGUUAAUCGUUUCCGCUCGCAGCGAGAGGUGAAAGUGGCAAUCGUAGGAUUGCAAGCUGGUGGCGUGGGGCUGGAUUUUUCUGCAGCGCAGAGUGUCGUAUUUGUUGAACUUCCUAAAUCCGCUUCUGAAAUGCUUCAAGCUGAAGAUAGAGCACAUCGCCGGGGCCAGAAGAACUCUGUAAACAUUUAUAUUUUUGUUGCUAAGGGAACAGCUGACGAUAGACACUGGCAGUCUUUAAGUAGAAGCCUUGAACGUGUGUCCACCAUGACCAAUGGAGCUGAAACAACUUUAGAGAUUGACUGUGUGGUUGAUACGGAUGAUACAUACCGUCAAACAAGGAUGCUGUCAUCGAAUGGUGACAACCACUUUGUCGGAGUAGACAUAAAUGACCAAUUUUCAGAAGAAUCCUGCAUGACAUCUGAAAUUACUAACGUAGAGGCACAAGCCUCAGUAAAGGAACUCUGCAAAUCGUUAACAUCAGUCGACUCACUAACUCGCGAGCAUGAACUGCAGUCGAACGUCCCUGAAUUCAAGGAUAUGACUGAUGAGCUUGGAUUCGAUGCAUGUGUGGAAUUCCCCGCCACUUCCCUUAUGUUUGAGGUUAGCUCGAAUACGGGCCGCGUCCAUUUGUUUCGCAGGUCGAGUGAUGGACAUUCUAGGCCUACAUCGCUGCAAGCGAACUUCAAGCCUGAGGACUUGGCACUUUUUGCAGAGAAUGGCAUUUGUGAACGAGGAGCCCUUCCUGCUUGGUUGAUUUUCAGUGCAUCUCAUAGAGAAGCAGCCAUUUUGUUUUUGGAUGAGUAUAAUCGGUUGCGGCCUGUGCUUCGUAAUCGGCUUCGUGGUCGACCUCUCUCGCUGCCCCUCGAGACAGAGCUGAAGUCCUACAAAGAUAAGGAUCAUUAUGUUGCCGGGGGUAUUAUGAAAGGUGGCAGCAAAAGGCGCUGGACUCCUAAAGAGGAAGUGGGUGCAAAGAUCCCAGCAGGUGCAACUUGGCGAACCGUCUCUUUCCAUAGACGGAAUGGUUUGAAAGAGACGAAAAUUGAACAAGCAUGGUCUGCCGAGGAUGUUCCGCUCUGCAAAUAUUGUCAGAAUCCUUGCAAAGGAAAGAGAUCCAUGCUACCCGAGUUAUUUGAGGACUUAUUCUGUCAAACCACAUGCCUCAACGAGUAUUCCAACAAAACAAGCCGCCGGCGUAUCCGUGAGGAGCUCUUUGAUCUUGAAGGCGGAGUGUGUGUAAAAUGUGGUCUUGACUGCCAUGCUCUGGUGGAGCGCAUAAGACCACUGCCGGUUGAAUUGCGGCAGGCAUAUGUUAUGGAGAAGGCUUCUCAGUUCACCAAGCACAAACGGAUGCUCCAGAAGCUCGUAAAGGAACCAAUAGAGGGCAACGCCUGGCACGCUGAUCACAUCAUUGCUGUAGCUGAUGGCGGAGGAGAGUGCACUUUGGAGAAUUUUCAAACCUUGUGUAUUGCAUGCCAUGCCGAAGUGACAGCUGAUCAACGUCGUCAUCGGGCAGCUGAGAGUCUAAAAACUAAGUUAGGUUUGCAGAAAACUAUGAAGAAGCUCAAGGAGCGGUCUGAGAGGGUUAAGCGGAUGCGCCCAUUCUACACUGAUCUUUCCCUGGACUCUAGUGAUAGUGAUAAUGAUCAAGAUCUUCUUGGUAUAAAUGUAGCUGGCAGUGCAUAUUCAACCUCCAGAGACAGUGGCAUUGCCGAAAUACCCACUGCUUUUGCCUCUAAAGCUCAAUUGCAUCCUCCUGAUACGGAAGGUGAGGAAUUGUGCAACACCUCGAGAAGCUCGUCUCAACCACAGGGCAUCACCGAAGUAAAAAAAGAAUAUAUCCUGCUACCUGCGAGUGUGAAAGGUCAUCCAAUUCCAGAUGACUUGAUGAUCUCUCCCAAUGUGGGGAGCAUCACCACUGAAGCACUCGUAGAGCAUUCCUUUAAAUCUACUCUCAAACCACUUGUUAUAAAAGGUCGCGGACCAACAGACAAAGUGAAGAAGUCGCCAUACUUCCCUAUCUUGGACGACCACAAGCCUUCAAACAAUGCCAGAAGUUCGUCACAGGUCGAAAAUCUUCAACCAUCAGCAUGUUGCAAGCCUGGAAAGGGCACCUCCAAUGAACGUGGCAUCCUCACCCCAGCAACCAAUGGAACUCCGGAUUUUUCAGUGACAAAGAAGCCAACAUUCUCGUUAAGGGAUUUGAACAAGUAUCUUUUGUGAUUCGUUUGAUCAGAUCGAGUGGUCACACUGGAAGCAUCCGAAUUUCUUUCGAGACUCUUCGUCUGGAUUGGUUGCAGGUAACAGCAUCUGCAUUCAGGAGGGAGAUUGAGAACGAAGUUCGCUCCCAUUCCCACCUUCAUAGCGAGCAGAAAUUUUUCACUCUUACCUUGAAAGAGUUUGUUCAGAUUGGUUGAAGAUGGUCAUGGUCCUUAUAAGCAGGUUCCGAGCAAAAGUAGUUCAUGUAAAAAAGAACAAAUGGAUGAAAACACCUUUACUGGUCAUAAGCAAUUAGGCUUGUUCGAAUUCCUCUUAAUAUUGUGGGCUCUCCUCACCGUCCCAUCGUGUUGAACUGCAAUGACAUUAAAAUACCAGUCUUCACCUUACACAGCCUGGCUGUCAAAAGAAUGCCCAACUCAAUUCAUAGAAUUAGCACAAGUUGAAUUAACGAUAUUUUAUGUUCAAAGCUGUACAGCAUAGCAAUAAUUGGAAUUCGGAAAUUUCCGGUCAAACCCGAUGGAAUCUGUAUUACAGUUAGCUUGAUGACUUACUGUAAUGAUAGAAACAUUUAUGUGAAUAUCCAGCCAAAUGUAUUAACGUAAUUGGCGAAGUACAACGGACUACUUGACUCCUUGUACGUGGACGUGUAGCUAAGAGUACUACGAACAUGGAGCCACUAUUAAGGGGAGCUCAUUUACACUUUUGUGUAUAAUAACAUCACAUCGAGGUUUUUAAAAUGUCAUGUCAUUACUUUUU